AUGGCUACAAACGUGCUGCUCCCCCAGUGGGGCAUGAACAUGGAAGACGGGACGCUGACCAGAUGGCUCGUCAACGAGGGCGACGAGAUCGCCGAGGGACAGCCGCUGGUAGAGGUCGAGACGGCAAAGAUCAACUCUGAGCUGGAAUCUCCCGCCUCUGGCGUCGUAUCGCACAUCAUGGCCGCAGAGGGCUCGCUGGUCAAGGUCGGCGAGUUGGUGGCAGUCAUCGGAGAGCCAGGCGAGAACCCGCCUCGGCCUGAGCCAAAGGCGGCACCGUCGCCCAUUGGUGCUAGAAGACGCCAACGGCAGAGGGACGUACGGCCCACAGGAGCCGCGGCCAGCCAAGUAACGCCGGUUGCGAGACGGCUAGCCCGGGACAACGGCAUCGACCUUGACGGGAUCAGCGGCACCGGGCCGCGUGGUCGCAUCACCGAACAGGACGUUCGCGCCGCCAUCGAUGCUAGGCAGAGCAGGCCGCAGGUCCAGGUGGUCCCGCGAGCGAGGAUGCUAGCUCGACAGGAGGACAUCGAUCUCACCGACGUGGCAGGGUCCGGCCCGAACGGCCGGAUCACAGUCGUCGACGUGGAGCGGGCCAUCGCCGAGCGGGACGCCGUGGCAGCGCGCGCCGACGCCGUGGGCGAGGUUGUGCCGCUGACCGGCCUUCGCAAGAUCAUCGCGGACCGCAUGACCAUGAGUGUCAGCACGAUGGCUCAGGUGACGCUCACCACCGAGGCCGACGUCACCGAGCUGCUGAACCUCCGCGAGUCUUUGGUCAGCGAGUGGCGACCACACCGGAUUCGGCCGCUGGACCUGGACUUCAUUAUCGCGGCGGUAGCAUGGGCGCUCAAGGCGCACCCGAGGCUCAACGCUCACCUGGUAGACGGCAACGUGCUGCUGCUCAAGGAGGUCAACAUCGGCCUCGCGGUGGCCGUCCCGGACGGUCUCGUUGUGCCGGUGCUCAGAGGAGCCGACUCGCUGGAUCUGCUGGGCAUUGCCAGGCAGAUUCGCACGCUCGCAGACAAGACCCGAAAGAACGCGCUUGGCGUUGAUGACAUGACGGGCGCGGGGUUCACAGUGACCGCGCUCUCCAACUACGACAUCGACGUGUUCACUCCGAUCAUAGACCCACCGCAGGUGGCGAUACUGGGGCUAGGUCGGGCCAUUGAGAAGCCGGUCGUCGUGGAUGGCGAGAUCGUCGUGCGCGUCGAUGAUGCACUUGAGCGUCACCUUCGACCAUCGUGCCUUGGACGGGGUGCCGGUCGCAGAGUUCAUGCGCACUCUUAA